UCGUAUUCGAUUGUUCAAUUCGAUUCGAUCUUGUUCUUUUUGAUUUUCACUUCAAGAAAAUUUUUGCGCAAGUGAGGCGUUUUUCACAAGUAAAAAUAGUGUAUAUACGCAACUCUUAAUAUAGAAUAUACUGCGUAAUCAGUAAUAUCGUGUACUUCACUUUUCAAUCAACGUGAUCCUUUCUUUAAUCAAAAAUGAGCACGCCGGUGAAGAAAGUGCCUAUUCACCUGCAGUAUAUACAAGUGGUUGAACAUGAGUACACUUAUUGUCGUCUGUUUGUUUCACCGAGAACUUGAUGGCAAAAUUAGUCGAAUGGAAGUCGGUCAACCGAAAUGCAGAUUACCAGUAUUAUUCUCACAACGUAAAUAGACACUGGGAAGCCAGGUGCGAGCCACAGUCGUUUUCGCGGCAGUUAAUCGCGGAUGGAAAUUGGAACAGUUUGUCGGAUCGAGCGCGCAAAACAGGCUGUUGAUUAAGAACGGCAAGGUGGUAAACGACGAUGGGAUCACGGACAACGACGUUUAUAUCGAAGAUGGUAUCAUAAAGCAAAUGGGUCGUAAUUUAAUAAUACCAGGUGGCACGAGAAUCAUCGACGCCCGUGGAAAAUACGUGAUGCCCGGUGGCAUAGAUCCGCACACCCAUUUCGAAUUGGAGUUAAUGGGCGCCAAGACGGUGGACGAUUUUUAUCAGGGCACGAAAGCAGCUGUCGCCGGUGGUACGACGAUGAUCAUCGACUUUGUCAUCCCUAAGAAGGACGAAUCAAUUUUAGAGGCGUACGAGAGGUACCGGGAGAGCGCCGACCAGAAAGUUUGCUGCGAUUAUUCGCUCCACGUCGCUAUCACGUCCUGGAGUUCAAAAGUCAAAGAAGAAAUGGCUACGUUGGUGAAGGAUCACGGUGUCAAUAGCUUCAAAAUGUUCAUGGCCUAUCGUGAUCUAUAUAUGAUCAGGGAUCCAGAAUUAAUUGAGACGUUCAAAGCGUGUAAGGAGCUCGGUGCUAUUGCUAUGGUUCAUGCAGAAAAUGGCGACAUUAUUGCGGAGAACACGAAACGAUUGCUCGAUGCUGGAGUCACGGGACCCGAAGGUCACGAAAUGUCGCGUCCUGAGGAAGUAGAGGCAGAAGCUGUGAACAGAGCGUGUGUUAUAGCUAAUCAGGUCAAUUGUCCACUAUAUGUAGUGCAUGUGAUGAGUCGUAGCGCCGCAGAAGCGGUGGAUGCUGCGCGUAAGCGUGGCAAUUCGUGCAUCUUCGGCGAAACCUUGGCAGCUGCAAUUGGCACAGAUGGUACCAACUACGCGCACAAAUGCUGGAAACACGCUGCAGCGCAUGUCUUGAGUCCACCUCUAAGACCAGACCCAGAUACACCACGUGCAUUGUUGAAUAUGUUGGCCAAAGACGGUCUUCAAGUUACCGGUAGCGAUAACUGUACCUUCAACGCCGAACAAAAGGCUCUAGGCAAGGAUGAUUUCUCGAAGAUUCCCAAUGGCGUAAAUGGUGUCGAAGAUAGGAUGUCGGUUGUAUGGGAGAAAGGGGUGCACGCUGGAAUAAUGGACCCUACGAGGUUCGUGGCAGUGACCAGCACCAACGCUGCAAAGAUCUUCAACCUUUAUCCACGAAAGGGAGUGAUAGCGGUCGGCUCAGACGCUGAUAUAGUUGUCUGGGACCCUAACAGGAAGCGUACGAUUUCCGCUCAAACGCAUGUCCAGGCCGUUGACUUCAACAUCUUCGAGGGUAUGGAAGUUCAUGGGGUACCUGAGUAUGUUAUAGUGGAAGGUCGUGUUUGCGUGGAUGAGUGCGAACUAAAAGCUGUUCAUGGAUUCGGAAAGUUCGUCGAGACUCCAAGCCAUGCUACUUAUGUAUAUGAUAUGAUUGAAGACAGAGAAAAAAAACCACGCGGUGUAGCACGAACCGAAGCCGAGGCGAAGAAGUUUGCCGAGGAGGAUGCCGCUAUCGCGAAGGCCAAAGAGGAAGCAAGAGCGGCAGCUGAAGCACUCGCGAAGAGUCAUCAAACAAACGGUACUUACGAAAGUCCGAAACCAAAGAUUUCAGUACCCGAUUGUAUGCCAACACUACCUGAUUCUGCUGUGGUUACACCAUCAUCGAAAGGUCCACGAUUAGAAGGACAGAGAAAUUUGCAAGACUCUACUUUUUCUAUUAGUGAGGAUGUCGAGGAAGCAAGAAGAGCUUGUAUCCGCGUGAACAAUCCACCUGGUGGUCGUAGUGCGGGAGGUUUUUGGUAAUUUAUGAAAGACAGAUUUUCAAGAUCUGCUUUGCAUAUCUUUAGGGAUCUUUCUUUACAGAGGAAAUAAGGACGAAAUGUUUCUUCUUUCAUCAUUUUUCUUUCAUUCGUGUGUACAAAAAACACAAUUUUAUUUUUCUUGACAGUUUUCUAUCAACUCGCUUUCAGGUUCGCUAUUCAUUCAAUCAUUAUCGAUAAGUUUCGUUUUCAAUUGAUAUGUUCUCAAUCGAUUAAGGUCUGUUCCAUCAAAGGAGGAUUCGGAUGCCACCGGUCAGUAGAAUAUAUUUUCACGUAUCACACUAUUUUUAGCUUCAUUAUCGCUUCAUUGCCCGCUCUCUAUGUACGUAUGCUUCAUUCUUUGACCUUGGAUCGUUUACGCGGUUGAUGAUCCGCACUUGACUUUAUCUUUCGUGCAAUAGAUAUAUUUGUUAAGUUUCUAGCCGAUCAAAGAUUUAUGUUAUCGUUCUUAAUGAAUACCUUAAUCGACUGUUGCAAACUUAUAUCAUUUAUUUGUAUAGUAUAUUGUUUUAUUAUGUAUUACAUAUAUGGAAUAACAGAAUUACGUAUUAAUUUUGACGUGGAUAUUAUGUCUAUAUUUAAUAGAAAAAUUAUUUAUUUCUUUUAUGAAGAUAAUCAAAAAAAUAAAUUUAUGUUUUGUAAAGUCGUAAAAAAUAUUUGAUAUACGUAUUUCUGAUAAUUCCAAGGUCAAGCUUAUGAGCAAGUUAUUUAUUGCGUAACUAUAUUACUCCAAAAAUGUAUUCGCAUCUGUAAUAUUCAAAAUCAUUUCAAAAUAACUUAGAUAUUUAAUAAUGUUUAUUAUUAAAUCGAUCAUUAUUAAUGAACGAUUAUUAGUCACCAAUUAUAAGUUGUACAUGUUUAACAUUCAUUAAUCAGUUAUUAUUAACUUUGGUUUCGUAUCAUAUUUUUAAUAAUUUAUAUAACACCGGUGUACAGUGAUCAUCAUCAAUUUCAUCAUUGACAUUAUACAAUAACGUAAACAUUAUAUGCCCGGUGUACAUAUUACAUAUAAAAAUGUUUUCGCUCUCGAUCAAGGUUUAUCUGGUAUGCAAUUAUCUCACGGGUAUAUUAUAUUAUAUUAUAUAUUUUAUACACUAUCGUUAGUCCUAGAAUCAAACACUGUACCAUUAAUUUUAAGAAAUCAGCCCAAUACAAUAAUUGUUCUAUUUUCUAUCACAGUUUAAUGUUACGUUUCGGUUAAUUAUAUUAUUAAUUAUAAUGAUUGUAAAUAUUAUAUUAUCCUUAAUUUAACGAUUCAAAGAAUUUAAACAGUUGUUCU